UGGCCAUCCAGAUCCUCGACAGCCCAAAACGCUUGCAUCCCCUUUCGCUUUCGUCCUCAGCGAUCCCGUGCGGCCCACCGACAUCCAAGCACUCGCACUCACGACCGACCGAUCGACCCACAAAGAGGCAUCGCCCACACCACCUCCCAACCUACCCCCCCCUCCCCGACUGGAUUAUGACCGUGCCCCACCCGAUGACUUCGGCAAAGUAUUUUCGACAGGCCCUGGACGAGCUCAACAACAACAACCUGAAGCAGCUCAAGACGAUCCACAAGCAUGCCCUCGACCCGAUCGUCCUGGCCCACUUUUGUGAGCGGAUGGAGGAUCUCUUCUACAAGGAGGCUUUGGGACUGCCGGAUUACACUCGUCUUGCCUACUUUAACGACAUGUCGGUCGGAGGCAUCGUCUGCCGGAAGCGGCCGUCAAGCCAGGACGGCAAACUGGAGAUCCAGAUCCUGACCUUGGCGGUCCUGGAGGCGUACCGCAACCUUGGGCUCGGCACUAAGCUCGUCCAGAAUGCCAUCGAUCAGGCCACCGCCGACUCGGCCAUCGCCCAGAUCACCGUCUACAUCCCCGUCGAGAGCCGAGCCCUGAGCCUGUUCGAGCGGCUGGGAUUCGCCAAGAGCGACCAGCCCGUAUCGGGAUACUUUGGAAGCCACGAGGCCUGGCUGUUGGUCAAGCAGGUCUAAAGCCCACCGUCUCCACCCUCCAUUCCCAUCCUCUCUCUCGUCCAUUCUCAAGCCCGCUGUGUCUGUCUCGCCUUUCUCCCGACCCGCCGCCGCGAGUCAGAGUCUAUCGAGGCCACGGCGAGACCAACGACGAAGAUAAAUGAAAAACCAACGAAAGACUGGAAAUAGAAGCUGGUACCCACAGUG